AUGGACACAAUUCUGGACAGUCUAGAUAACCAUGGCAAUAAGGUUAUCUGGGUUUUCGGUUAUGGCUCACUCAUGUGGAAUCCUAAUUUUAAUUUCCAAAGAAAACUGACAGGUCACAUUAACGGAUUUGUGAGGAGAUUUUGGCAGGGCAACACGACACAUCGCGGCACAUCAGCAAAGCCAGGAAGAGUUGCAACAUUAGCUAAACAACAUCAGGGUUGUGUAUGGGGCGUGGCUUUCCAGAUUGUGGGCGUGGCCCAGAUUCGGGAGGGACUGGACUACUUGUACACCCGAGAGGCCGUCCUAGGGGGAUACGAGGCAUUCCUCACAAAAUUUCAUCCCCGAGGACUUGAUGACUUACCUAUAGACGUCAUUGUUUUCACCGCAUCCAGUGACAGUUACCUUUACUUAGGGCCUGCUGAUACGAACGUUAUGGCCCAACAAAUACUUAGCACAGGUGGUAAGGCAGGUCCUAACGUUGAUUACGUCACAAAUAUUGCUGAUUACGUCAGGAAACACAUUCCCGAGGAUAGUGAUGAUCACCUAUUCUCUCUAAAUAGGUCGUUACAGUGUUUAAUAUCAAAACCUGCCAACACAAUGCCAAAAUCAAGAAAAGGACAUGUUGAAGUGACAAAAACUGACUACCUAUCGUCAAUAUCGAAAUCUAGAACGGAUUUCAUCUCAUCAAAGACAGAGUAUUCAGUGCCAACGGAGCAGUAUAAAGAAACAUUGACUGUAUGCCAAACCCCAAAUCGGCAAAGCAUCUUGGCGUAAACACAA